AUGAAGCACUUUUUAGACCAAAGGGCUCAGGAUAUCGUUGAUGAGAGCGACGAGAACUUUUCUGUCAAGUUCGAAUUAGUCUACACAAUGGGCACACAGCGACCGGUCGAGUAUAGCCCGUCUAGGUGGGUUUGCAUUCACAACGUUUUGGACAUAUUUAGAAGGCUGGUACCAGAAGUCGAAAAGAGUCACCCCAAGUCUGUUGAGUUGGUAAAGCGCCAUGAAGGAUCUUUUCCUAGAACCCGCAUCAUCAGCGAAAGCGUCAGGGAGGCAUUACUCUACGAAGUAGCUAAGGAAGCCACUCCCUCACACGCCGAAAUCGAAGCUGUCGAAAGCUCGAUCAUCUGGGCAAAGGACAACCCUGCCCCACGGGCCAAAUUCAGUCAUCCCGAGAUCAUUAUAAUUCUUACAUCUCUUUGCUACUAUUAUGAGGGAUUGACUGACGAAGAGCUUUUCCUAAGCCUCAGGCAUCUUUUGCUUUCUGAUCAGGCAGACAUGGAGUAUCGUGCGUGGGUGUCCGACAGCGACAAACUGCCCUUGGCAUUCCAUCAGGUAUCGGGAGUCAACCUAGAGGAUCGCACUCAGUGCAUCGAACACAUAUUUCCUUCUUUCCGGUUUUCAAAGAGUGCGGUCGACUACUUCCUUGCUCAUGUUGUGUUCACCAAAGAACUAAAAGAAUUCCCUCACAAACUGUCUGCGUCAGGAUGGGACAUUGGCGAGACGAAGGCACAUCCUACUACCGGAUUCAGCGGUACGUGUGAUGCUCGAGCAUUCUUGCCUUUUACAGUCACUCAACUCGACCUUCCUGAUCAAAGACAUACGAAUGCACUGGUCAUGACAUAUCUUCUUCAAGAGGAGAAUUCCGUCGAGUUGAUGUCACCUAGCACAGAUGUCCAUAAAUCCGAUGCGGAGACCUUGCUUGAGACAGUCAUCAAACUGCAGCCACCUGUGCGCGUCAUUCUCGACGUAGGGGCACAAAUUCUGGAACUAGACAACGUUGGGGUUGCGAAGCGGUGGCUCGAGAUGAUGGAUGAUACUGAGAGUACCCAAGCGGUCAUUUUCUGUGACGAGAACGAUCAUAUCUCUGUGAUUGAUCGCAAGGGCCGAAUCGAACCACUACACACAUCUCCUUUUCUGAGCCGAACUGAUGUUUGCCUUGUCUUCCUUGACGAGGCUCACACACGGGGGACAGAUCUGAAGCUUCCCAAGCACUACAGAGCCGCAGUGACUCUCGGGGCAAAUCUGACCAAAGACAGACUGGUGCAAGCUUGUAUGAGGAUGAGGCAGUUAGGCAAAGGACAAACGGCUGUAUUUUGUGUUCCCGACGAGACCCGACAAAAGAUAAUGAAACGAUUUGAUUGCAACGAAUUGGAUCUAACAGUUGAACACAUCCUUAAAUGGGCCAUCUCGGACACUUGGAUAGACAUCCAGCGCGGGAUAUGGCUAUGGGCGAACCAAGGGCGACGGCAUCAGCGGCAUGCUGAGCUGUGGAAAGAGGCUCUCGUGGCAAACUCGAUUGUGGUUGACAGGACUCUGGCAGAAAAGUUUCUGGAAGAUGAAGCCCAAAGCCUCGAACGGAGGUACAAACCAGAUGAUCCAGCUGCGUUUGUCGGUAACGGGACAGCAGUAGAUGGAAAGGUGGAUGCCAUCACUGAGAGGCUCCUUCAGUUCGGUGGGGCCGAUCCCAAAUCAGCUACAUUUCGAGAGGAGCAAGAGCGUGAACUAUCACCAGAGAUAGAACAGGAACGAGAAGUACAAAAGCCACCUGAUGCCACUCCGGCUACACACAGUAUUCACCCGGAUAUUCAAGCAUUUAUCUCCAGUGGCCUCAUCAAAAGAGACUCCGAGGGCUGCAUGCCAGCGUUCCAGGCGCUCGCUGAAACGAGCGCAUCACGCCACUUUGAUACGAAGAAGUUCCCUCCAGGACUCUUAGUUACGGAAGACUUUGCACGGACUAUAGUUCCUUUUGAAAAGGGACAUCUAUCAGAUAUUUAUCAGCGGUCUGUUCAAUGGAUCCUGAUAACCAAAUCAUACAACGGAGUCAUUGACGUCGCCAUGAUCAUCAGUCCUUUUGAGGCCCAGAAACUGCUGCCCUCGAUUCAGAAAUCAGGAUUUGUGUCGUUACACCUCUAUGCUCCGCGGCCAAAUACAGGAUUUCGGGCUCUCGAUUCUCUUGAUCUGUAUACGAUCGCUCGGCAACCAGUAAUGCGGGUCCUUCCACGACAAUUGGUUACCGAGCUGAAUCUUUUCGCCGGGCAGAUGUAUGCGGAUUCUUUUGAGGAGUAUCUUGAGAUCCGCCAGUUCCUUGGAUUUGAAUCACCUGUGAAUAAAGAGAAAAGCGAAAAUGGACAAACGGCUCUUAUUGUUGGCCCGACCGGUGCUGGCCAAUUUGAUGCAGGCCUGAUUCAGUUCAUGAAGGUUCUCAUGAUGAAGAUAAGAAGGAAUUCCGAUCAAGUUAUAAAUCGUAUGUUGCAAAAAGGCAAAUUGCGCCCAAAGACGGGCUCUGCGGCCCUCGGUCACGUCAAGCAGCACCCGGUGUCUCGGAACCAGCGGCCCGCACCCGCUCGUCCGGAGAUCCGGAAUCAGGCCACCGACCAACGCCAAACCGAGGGUGUCGGGCUUCACCUCCGUCGAGCUGAAAUUUUCUUCUCUCUCGCGCCGCACGAGUACAUGGCGCGCCUAAAAAUGGUGCAUUUCACAUCCUGCGGAAGGGGGGGAACCCCUGGGAGGCGGCGGGCGCGCCCUGCAUGCGCCCUGCAUCGAACUUUGCGCCCAGGUGCAAGGUUCUGA